CCGAAGCUGGGGUUUCUUCAUCAAAUCCGGAAAUAGAAAGAAACCCCAUUUCUUCUUCAAGUUCUGGCCAUGGCUGCCGCCGGCGGUAAGUAAAGCUCAUUUCCUCUCUCCCUCUCUCUCUCUUUUUUAUGAAUGCUUCAAAAUGUUUCGUUCAAUUCUUAGUAGUAGAAACAAAAAUCCCAUCAAACUGUUAUUGUUCACUGAACAAAGAUCAAAUCUUUUAUCAACCCACCUCCGUUUUCUCCACAAUGGGAUCCCCAAAUCUCAAUCAGAGGAACCAGAGGAACCCAUUAAGGAUCAAUCAUCGUUCACGGUCUCCUACCUCAUAAACUCAUGCGGCCUCUCCUCUAAAUCUGCCGCCGCCGCCGCCGGCCAGAUCUGCAUCAAAACCCCCCAAAACCCCGAUUCCAUCCUUAGUUUCCUCAAAUCCUUCGGUUUAACAAGCACCCAGAUCGCCAGACUCAUCUCCAAGCGCCCAAGCAUUCUCAUGUCCAGGGUCGAAAAAACCCUGAAGCCAAAGCUCAGCUAUUUUCUCAAUGCUGGGUUUUCGACAGCUCAACUCGCAGAACUCCUCUGCCUCGACACAAGUUUGCUCAGGUCGAGCCUGCCCAACAGACUGAAGCCCAAUUUCGAGCUUCUGAGUUCCGUAAUUGGCGAUGUCCAGCGAACAUACGCGGCUUUUCGCCGCAACUCUAGGCUGAUGAGCAACAAUCUUGAGACCAAUUUCCUGCCCAAUGUGAAAACCCUUCGAUCUUAUGAAGUCCCUGAUGAAAAGAUCACAUUUUUAGCAGCCUGGUAUCCGAGGACGCUGAUGCUGCCAGCCGAGAAAUUCGGGACGGUGGUCGCGUCCAUCGCGAAAUUUGGAUUUGACCCAUCGUCGACCUUGUUUGUUCAAGGUGUUAGUGCACUGGGAGGGUUGGAGCCCUGUGCUUGGGAGAAGAAGGUGGCUUUGUAUAAGAGUCUGGGAUGGUCAGCCGAAGAGAUCGUCUCCGCCUUCAGAAAACAACCUUUUUGUAUGUCACUAUCGGAGGAGAAGAUGAGGAAAGUGGCGGGCUUCUUUACGAAGGAAAUGAGCUGCUCGCCUUCAUUGUUGGCGACGAAACCAGUUCUUCUGUGUUUGAGCUUUGAGAGGAGGAUCUUACCGAGGUGUUCGGUUCUGAGCGUGCUAGUAUCUAAGGGGUUGCUAACAAGAGAAUUGGGGCAGAUCAGUUUCUUGAAGGUGAAGACCGAGAGAUUCUUAGCGCAGUAUUUGGCCAAGUAUGCCGAACGAGCUCCUGAGAUCCUUGAGGUUUAUGAGGGUAGGAUGACAUUGCAGGACUUUAAUAUUCAGUUCAUGAACCUCUGACUUCCUUACUGCUCUUGAUGUUGCCAAUGCUCUCUGGACUUUUUACUACUUUGUAUUUGUUGUAUGAGAAUCAUCUCGUAUUUUUGCCAAAUUUACUGCGAGAAUUGGUCAAGGGCUACCCCAGAUGCAAUUGGUAACACCAUUCUGAAGAAGAAAAAAAAUUGUAGUUUCCAAGUCAGUUUUGUAACGUGAAGGGGGCCGGAGGCCCCGGGGUUUACUUGGCUGGUACGAGUCAAGACCGCUCACCACCACCACCACCACCACGACGACAACAAAAAAAUUACGAUCAUGUUUGUGACUGCUGAUAUAGGGCCAAAUCUACGCCUGCUGUAAUCUUCACAGUGCAUGUAGAGCAAAGAAUAACCGAGACAUAAAUAUGCUUGAUGUAAGAUGUGUCAAUUUGAUCUAAGCUUUCAUUGUUCUCGAUUC